CCCCGACGCCAGCACGGUGCGCGGUCUGCAAGAGGGUCUGGACCGCGCUGUGCCCUUCAUGGACCGGUUGCGAACCGGGCAGGAGGUGGAGAUUAAUGUCUCCGACGAAGGGGUUGUGUCCGCCGACUUGCGAGGAAGCGGCUUACCGGAGGGACGGAACCUGCUGGCUUUGGAAAGCGAUGAAAAUACAAUUGGCGGAAUAAAUGACCAUUACGGUAGCUCGACAUCUCUUCACGGAAAUCCUGCAUCAAGUGGGUCUACUUUCGGAAAGAUGGAUUUCGCAUCUGCAGCGCUAGACAAGAAUAGUACGGUCGCCGCGGAUGCUGGUGCAACUGCAGCCUCCAAGGACCAACUGCAUUCGACUAGUCAGAUCAACCAAAGUGCGGCCGCAUCGAAGAGCGGUGCUCCAUCGGCCGCGACUUCUUUUUGGAAGAAGCUAACCGGCGGUGGGGGAUCAACCUCCUCAUCUUCUAGCGCGGCUGUGCCUGCUGCAAAUGGUAGUACUAAAACCUCCGCGGGGGCGCCAGCUGGCACGUCAACAUUUUCUCAAGUAGAGGAUCAUAGUACAACAACUGCGAAGAUGAACAAUAUUAAAGCGAAGAGCAGCCUCUUCAUGGAAAUCAAAAGAGAACAAGUGAAAAAUCUCGAGGAUGUUGACAACGUCAACAGCCUAAAUUCCUCUCCCCCGCCGCACAAGCCCAACAUCAGCACCCCGGACCAGCACGUGGGGCCCAACGAGAAGAAGAUUGUAGUGGUGCAGCAAGGCAUGGUGCCCGAGAAGUGGUCGGGGGCGGUGAGCGGCUGGCUGCAUCAGCACGGAAUUUCUCUAGGAGCGGCAGACAACAGCGCAGCUGUACCGGCGUCGAGUUACGAUUUCGAUCUUACGACCUCUGCAGGAGCAGGCGCCGGAGCACCUUCAUCUCCGCCGGGAGAUCAUGUUCUUGAGGGUCUUGUUUCCUCUUCUUCGCCUGGAUUAGGAGUGCAAAAAGCUGAUGGACUUCUUGCAGCGGAGCAUCAGGCUGACAGCGCAGUAGGAAUAAAUUCCAGUAAUUCUUCUAGCGGUGUCGGGAUGUUGAUGCAUGCGGGAGGGAAUGACGUUGUCAUGCCAGCUGUGAGUACUUCUACACCCGCCGGCGGAGAGAAUUUUCAUGAACACGCUGCUGCACCAGAACCAGGUCCUCCGACGGCCGUGGAGCAAAUGCAGCCUAACGCAGCGGGAGUUGCGCCAUUUUCACGACCUGACGACGUUGCCGCGUCAUCAUCCGUGCAGCCUGCAGAGGAAAUAGGCGGUGGCAGCGGUGCGGAAUUAGUGUCUUCAAGUAGUGUAACUACUAGUGCAGCACAUAAGUCUGGGACGACGACGAGCAGCUUCUCAUCGUCUUCUUCGACGAGUUUUUACUCCCCCUUGACCACCAGCUUGGAGGACGAGAGCAAAACCGUGAUGCGGAAUUCCGAAGCCACGUUGGCGGGCAUUCUGCAAAAAUCCGGAAAUGCCUACGCGUCGGCGGGGAGUGCGUUUGGCGGGCAGCAGGAUCAUCUUCAACACGCGAUGCCAACACCAGGAGGAGGAGAACUACCCAGUCCUGCUGCUGGUCUUUUUAACAGCACAACUGGAGCAGGAGGUUCUUCUCAUCAAGAGGCUGGGCAACUGCAAGAACAGGUGUCAUCAACAUUAUCUGGCACGACUGCGAUGUUGAAGGGAACUGCCCCCAGCGGUGGACCACCGGAACAUAGCGAGGCUCUUGCAGCGUCCGAGAUUGUCGGGAACAUUAAAGAAGGUGGAGACCAGCAGCAGCAGGCCUCGCCAGGGGAAAUCGAGACUUCAUCCAAUCCGAUCAUUGACAACGCGAAGCUCAUGGACCUGCUCCGCCAGGGGGAUGCGGUAUUCACGGCAAAUAUGUCAUCUGUGUCGGAAAGAUUGUGAGAUUUGGCAUGCUGGUCUGGCAUGACGCUGCGCUCUGCAUUGCCUGUCAUGCACAAACGAUGUGUUUCAUCCUCAUGUGGAAAAAUACGGCGCAAUUCAGAGCGACUCAAAAACCUGUCAUGCUUGGCAGCGCAUUAAGUACAGAAUGCUCAUUAUUCCCUGACUUGCAAAUCACAGGCUUAUUCCAGACCCAGAUCGAAGAUAUUUGCAUUUCAUAUGCGGAUUACCAGAACGAUCUGAAAAGUGGCGCCCUGCUCCGGCAGGACAUUGACUUGGAGCAGAACGACAUCUUGCAGGCGUUCGCUUUGACCAACGCCGGCGAUGAUGCCCAGGCGAACGCGGAUCUGGUCCGGGCCUAUCUUUCGGAGCCGAAAAUCGGCGAGAACGGGCUGCCGGCGAACGACGGACUGACGGAAAAAAGCGGACACUUACUGGAC